UCUUCUCCUCUCCUCUCGCUUCAUCUCCCUCCGUUUCCGUCUUGUCUUUCGAAUCUGAACAUCUCUGGAAAUAAUCUAAAAGAAAAUGGGUGAGAACGCCAUCUCAGGUGAUCUCAAGAAUAUAGCGAUCGACACAGGACGUUCAGAGACUCUCGUGGUCUGUUUCGGCGAAAUGCUGAUCGAUUUCGUGCCAACGGUGGGAGGUGUAUCGCUGGCGGAAGCACCAGCUUUCAAGAAAGCACCAGGAGGUGCACCUGCUAAUGUAGCCGUUGGUGUCUCUAGACUCGGUGGCUCCUCUGCUUUCGUUGGAAAGGUAGGUGAUGAUGAGUUUGGACGAAUGUUAGCUGAGAUUCUAAGGCUGAACAAUGUGGAUAGCUCCGGGAUGAGAUUCGACCACGAAGCACGCACCGCUCUCACCUUUGUUACGUUGAGAGGUGACGGAGAGAGGGAGUUUCUGUUCUUCAGACACCCUAGUGCCGACAUGCGUCUCUUGGAGUCUGAGCUUGACAAGAAUCUAAUCCAAAAGGCCAAGAUUUUUCAUUACGGAUCUAUCAGUUUGAUCGAGGAGCCUUGCCGGUCGACUCAGCUCGCUGCUAUGAAAAUCGCUAAAGCCUCAGGGAGUCUCUUGUCGUAUGACCCGAAUUUGAGAUUAGCGUUGUGGCCAUCAGAGGAAGCUGCGAGGAAAGAGAUCAUGAGUAUAUGGAAUUUAGCAGAUGUUAUAAAGAUUAGUGAGGAGGAGAUAACGUUCCUGACUGGUGGAGAUGAUCCUUAUGAUGAUGAAGUUGUGUUGCAAAAGCUGUUUCAUCCAAAUCUUAAGCUUCUUGUUGUUUCAGAAGGACCUAAUGGCUGUAGAUACUUCACUCAGGAGUUUAAAGGUAAAGUUGGUGGAGUGAAAGUGAAAGCGGUUGAUACAACCGGUGCAGGAGAUGCAUUUGUGAGCGGUCUAUUGAACAGCUUAGCUUCUGAUCUCACCAUUCUCAAUGAUGAGAAGAAGCUAAGAGAGGCGCUUCUAUUCGCAAACGCUUGUGGAGCUAUUACUGCAACAGAGAGAGGAGCCAUUCCAGCUAUGCCCACCAUGAAUGCUGUUCAAGACCUUCUCUCUUCUUCUCGCUCCUAAAAAUGCUCAAAAAGUCUUUUUUUUUUCGAAUGACUCA